AUGGCUUCUGUUCCUCAAAACACACGUCAACUUCGUGCGUGCCUCGUCUGUUCACUUGUUAAGAAUACUGAACAGUUUCGUAAGGAAGGAUGUGAAAAUUGUGAAUCGUUUUUACAAUUUAAACGCCACCCUGAAAGAGUACAAGAAUGUACAAGUACAAAUUUUGAUGGUUUAAUAGCUUUGAUGAAACCUGAUGAUUCGUGGGUUGCUCGAUACAAAAAAAUAGAAAACUAUGCGUGUGGUGUAUACGCAGUCGGUGUUCAAGGAAGGAUCCCGGAACUAGUGGAGGAUGAAAUGGCUCAACGAAAUAUUCCGUACAUACCUAGAGAUGGUAGUCAAAACGUAUCUCAAAAUUAA